AUGAAGAAGGAGCUGGAGAAAGCUUCCGUCGAACCUACUCCUACCAAUACAAUGUCCGUUGCUGUUCGAGAGCCGAAUGUGAAGAGCAAAGAGGAUGAAGUGUUCAUCACUAGUCUGAGCGAAAUCGAGAAGGCAAUUGAGGACAAAGAGCGUCCGGAUGUUUUCUCGAAGAUUAACUCCGACAAGCUGCCGGAGCGGAAGGAGUACGACCACAAGAUUGAGUUGGAGAAGGAGGUGGAGCUAGGAUAUUGCCUGUUGUAUUGCAUGAGUGCGGAGGAGCUCUAUGCCGCGAAGGACUACAUUGUGGAGAAUCUAGACAAAGGCUUCAUUGUGCUGAGUAACGCGCCAUUCGCGUCACCUAUCCUUAUGGCUAAGAAGCCUGGAGGUAGACUCUAUUUCUGUGUUGACUACCAAUGGCUAAAUACAAUCACUCGAAAGGACUAUUAUCCUUUGCCUUUUAUUGACAAAGUGUUCGAACAAAUCAGCCAGGCAAAGAUUUUUACUAAGCUAAAUAUCCAAUAA